AUGGCCGCUACCAAGGAGACUCCCCGCUCUGGCAUUGCCACCGGUCUCAACAAGGGCCACAAGACCACCGCCCGCGUCGCCAAGCCCCGCGUUAGCCGCACCAAGGGUCACCUUAGCAAGCGCACUGCCUUCGUCCGUGACCUUGUCAAGGAGGUUGCUGGUCUCGCUCCCUAUGAGCGCCGCAUCAUUGAAUUGCUCCGCAACUCCAAGGACAAGCGUGCCCGUAAGCUCGCCAAGAAGAAGCUCGGUACUUUCGGCCGUGCCAAGGCGAAGGUCGAGGACAUGAACCGUGUCAUCGCUGAGUCUCGCCGCGCUGGUCACUAA